UUUAUAAAAUAAUUUUAAGGUUACUUUCAUGCAGAUUAAAUCCUUUAUUUAAACUAAUGAUUACAUUUUUUAUGAUAAAAAGAUGCUCCCCAAGUCGUAUGUGUCGGCUAAUGCAUCUGGUUCACAAUUUUUGUCCAAAAUUUCAACUAUUUCACCAUUUCCUUUGGUAGAUUGCAUACUCAUACUCACUACUUCAUACUAUACACCAAUCCAUUAAUAGAUGAAGAUGCAGAAUGAGUCAACCACCCUCUUCAUCAACACCUUUCUUUUCUUCUGCAUCUCCAUCUUACAGUUUCAGAGCUCUCUCUCAGUCACAGAUUCAUCAACAUCAACCCAUAUAUCAUUCCCCAAAGAAGCACUUCCCACCAAAUCAGGUUACCUACCUGUAAGCUCAACCUCUGCAUCCUCUAUUUUCUACACAUUCUAUGAAGCACAGAGCUCAACCUCACCUCUCUCCCAAACUCCACUUCUCAUUUGGCUUCAAGGUGGUCCUGGCUGCUCCUCCAUGAUCGGCAACUUCUACGAACUCGGACCUUGGCGUGUCACCAAUUCACUCACACUUGAACCCAACCCUGGUGCUUGGAAUAGAAUAUUUGGUCUUCUUUUUCUUGAUAGUCCUAUCGGGACUGGCUUCAGUGUAGCCUCAACGCCACAAGAGAUUCCAACGGAUCAAAACGGUGUAGCCAAACAUCUUUUUGCUGCUAUAACAAGGUUUGUUCAACUUGACUCUGUUUUCAAGCAUCGUCCUAUUUAUAUUACUGGUGAAAGUUAUGCUGGGAAAUAUGUUCCUGCAAUUGGGUACUAUAUAUUGGAGAAAAAUGCUGAAUUGAAAGACACUGAGAGGGUGAAUUUGGCUGGUUUGGCAAUUGGUGAUGGGUUAACAGACCCUGUAACCCAAGUUGUUACUCAUGCUGCAAAUGCUUAUUAUGUUGGAUUGAUCAAUGAGAGGCAAAAGAAUGAGUUGGAAAAAUCUCAACUUGAAGCUGUUGGGUUGGUACAUAAAGGGAAUUGGAGUGAAGCAACUGAUGCAAGAAACAAUGUGUUGAGUUUGUUGAGAAAUAUGACAGGGUUGGCUACUUUGUAUGAUUAUUCGCGUAAAGUUCCUUAUGAAGAUGAUUUGGUUGGCCAGUUUUUGAACAUUGCUGAGGUGAAGAAGGCUUUGGGGGUGAACGUUGACGAAUCGUUUGUUUAUGAGAUAUGUAGUGACAUAGUUGGGGAUGUAUUAAAUGCUGAUGUGAUGAAAAGUGUGAAAUAUAUGGUGGAAAAGUUAUUAAGGGAGAGUAGGGUGUUGAUGUAUCAAGGUCAACGUGAUUUGAGGGAUGGUGUGGUUCAAGUUGAGGCUUGGGUGAAGACUAUGAAAUGGGAAGGGAUUGUUGAGUUUCUGAAGGCUGAGAGGGAGAUUUGGAAGGUAAAUGGAGAAGUGGCUGGUUAUGUACAAAAAUGGAAGUCGCUUACUAAUGUUGUGGUUUUGGGGGCUGGACAUCUUUUGCCUACUGAUCAGCCUUUGAAUUCUCAAGCAAUGAUUGAAGAUUGGGUAUUGAAAAAGGGUUUGUUUGGAAUUGUACCCGACCGAAAUGUAUCCAAAAAUGUGUUUGAUGACUAACUAUGUCUAUUUGUACUAAAGUCAGAGGCUUGCAUGCCACUGCGGGUACUUGGUUCAAUUGACCGAAUGAAUGACUACUUUUUUUCUUUAAGGAAAUGGAUUUCUAAUCAGUUAUGAUGUCUUGUGAGUUUAUUUGAUCUUAAAAUAAGGUACCAACAUGCAGUUCAUUCUAAA